UCUUUUUUUUUGAGCUACAGGUCACUACCUGGCCCAGGCUGAUCUUGAACUCUUGGGGUUGUUGUCCUCCUGCCUCAGCCUUUGAAGUCAAGUAGCUGGGGCCAUCCGGGCCCUUGGGUGCACACUACCUUCCACCGCCAUGGCCCUGGUCAGCAUCAACGAGCUGCCCGAGAACAUCCUGCUGGAGCUGUUCACGCACGUGCCUGCCCGCCAGCUGCUGCUGCACUGCCGGCCUGUCUGCAGCCUCUGGCGAGACCUCAUCGACGUCGUGACCCUCUGGAAGCGCAAAUGCCUGCGCGAGGGCUUUGUCACAGAGGACUGGGACCAGCCUGUGGCCGACUGGAAGAUCUUCUACUUUUUGUGCAGCCUCCGCAGGAACCUCCUACGCAACCCGUGUGCUGAAGAGGAUAUGGGGUCUUGGCGAAUCGACUCCAAUGGGGGGGACCACUGGAAGGUGGAGAGCCUCCCUGGAGAGCAUGGCACAGAUUUUCCUGACCCCCAAGUCAAGAAGUACUUUGUCACCUCCUACGGCAUGUGCCUCAAGUCCCAGCUGGUGGACCUCAAGGCUGAGGGCUACUGGGAGGAGCUGCUGGACACAUUCCGGCCUGAAAUCGUGGUGAAGGACUGGUUCGCUGCCAGGGCCGACUGUGGCUGCUCCUACCACAUCCGGGUGCAGCUGGCCUCCGCCGACUACAUCGUCUUGGCCUCCUUCGAGCCCCCUCCCGUGACUGUCCAUCAGUGGAACGACGCAACGUGGACAGAGGUCUCCCACACCUUCUCCGACUACCCUCCAGGCGUCCGCCACAUCCUGUUCCAGCACGGGGGCAAGGACACCCAGUUCUGGGCAGGCUGGUAUGGGCCUCGUGUCACCAACAGCAGCAUCAUCAUCAGCCCCAAGACCAGCAGGAACCCGGCUCCCUCCGGGRCUCUGCCUGAGACACUGCAGGGACAGGGGGAGGCUUCCUAGUGGCCCUUCCCAUUUCAUCUCCAUGGGCCAGAGGACAGCCUGUGGUCAUCUGCAGCCAUCCGUCCAUCUUCUGUCCAGGACAAAGGGAGGGUCCCUCCAGGCAAGAGCUGAGCCUGUAGUGCGCAGUGAGGUCCCUGCCCCAGAGCUCCAGCCCCAGUUCCAGCCUUGGGCAGAYGGUCACACAGUGCUGAUGUUUUGUCAAAAUAAAUGUUU